AUGUCCGGCUCACGCUCGCUCUGCGCGGCAGUGAUCAGCGGCUCGGUGUUGUCCGGCGCCAUGCUUUCGCUCUCUGGGAUCGCAGUCCCUGUCCUCCUGGAGACGGCCACCGACGCGCCACAGCUUCUCUGCGCGUGGACGCGCAUGUACCACUACGGCCACCUGGCGCUGCCAACGAUGGGGGUUGGAGCCUGCCUGCUGUACCUGUCUGCGGCGUGGCGUACGAGUAAGAGCCGCGGUGCACUGGCAGCAGCGGCUCUGGUUACGGUCGCUAUGGUUCCGUUCACCUGGGUCUUUAUGGGCCCGCUCAACGGCGAGUUGUUCAGGCUGCAGGCUGCUAGCACUACUGAUCCGGCAGCCAUCGGACUUGAGGGUGUCCGGGAUAUGGUCAUCUGGUGGAGCAGGUUGCACGUUACUCGGUCGCUGAUGCCUCUGUGA